AUGGCAGCCGUAGGAUGUGGAUACGAACAUGAGAUUGAUGGAGAACGCUUUCCUGCUGAAGCACAUUUUGUUUUCAAAAAUCGACAAAAUAAUCAAUUAGCUGUAUUUGCAUUUCAUUUCGUUAUUGCUGAUCAAUGGGAUGAAGAAAAUACAGAAUGGGAAAAGUAUGCAGAUGCAGCAAGUGAACUCGUCAAUGUCAACGACACGAUGAAUUGUUCAUUUAAUCUGAGUCGAUUGAUGAAAGCUAAUGAAAGAGAAUAUUUUCGAUAUAUGGGUAGUUUGACAACACCGCCUUGUAGUGAAAAUGUCAUCUGGACAGUUUUUAUCGAUAAAAUUCCGAUUGUGGAAGAGAGUUUAAACGAACUUCGUCAGAAUCUAAUGAAAAAGGUCUAUCGACCAGUUCAGCCGAUAAACGAUCGUACGGUUUACAGAAAUUAUGUCAACUGA